GAGUGCCCACAUCCAAGAUGGCGCCCCCAGGAGCUGGGAGCGGGUGACCGGCGGCGGGGAAGCGGCCUGGGCUGGCCCUCAGAUUGCGGGGUCCCGGGGGCCUGUCGCGGGGCGCCCCCGUGACCCACUGACCAGGCCUUCCCCCGGGCCAGAGCGAUGGCCGCCGAGAACAGCAAGCAGUUCUGGAAGAGGAGCGCCAAGCUGCCGGGGAGCAUUCAGCCCGUGUAUGGAGCUCAGCACCCUCCUCUGGACCCUCGGCUCACCAAAAACUUCAUCAAAGAGCGGUCGAAAGUCAACUCAGUUCCUCUGAAGAACAAGAAGGCCUCCAGUUUCCACGAGUUUGCCCAGAAUACCAGUGACGCUUGGGACAUUGGCGAUGAUGAGGAAGAGGACCUUUCCUCACCGUCUCUCCAAACCCUGAACUCGAAAGUGGCUUUGGCCACUGCAGCCCAAGUCCUGGAAAACCACAGCAAGCUGAGGGUGAAACCGGAACGGUCGCAGUCGACAACAUCGGACGUCCCUGCCAACUACAAGGUCAUAAAGUCCAGCAGUGACGCCCAGCUGUCCCGAAAUUCCAGUGACACGUGCCUGAGGAACACACUCCACAAACAACAGUCUCUCCCUCUCCGGCCCAUCAUCCCCCUCGUCGCCCGGAUCUCAGACCAGAACGCUUCUGGGGCCCCUCCAAUGACAGUCCGGGAGAAAACCCGCCUCGAAAAGUUCCGCCAGCUGCUUUCGAGCCACAACACUGACUUAGAUGAACUGAGGAGGUGGAGCUGGCCAGGCGUCCCCCGGGAAGUUCGACCAGUGACCUGGAGACUGCUGUCGGGCUAUCUCCCGGCAAACACCGAGCGGCGCAAGCUGACCCUGCAGCGGAAGCGGGAGGAGUACUUUGGCUUCAUUGAGCAGUAUUAUGACUCUCGGAAUGAAGAGCACCACCAGGACACCUACAGACAGAUUCACAUUGACAUUCCAAGGACGAACCCUCUCAUUCCCUUGUUCCAGCAGCCGCUCGUCCAGGAGAUCUUUGAACGGAUUCUCUUUAUCUGGGCCAUCCGACACCCCGCCAGUGGGUAUGUCCAGGGAAUUAAUGACCUGGUCACUCCGUUCUUUGUCGUCUUCCUCUCGGAAUAUGUGGAAGAGGAUGUGGAGAACUUCGACGUGACCAACCUGUCUCAGGACAUGCUGCGGAGCAUUGAGGCCGACAGCUUCUGGUGCAUGAGCAAGCUCCUAGAUGGGAUCCAGGAUAAUUACACGUUUGCACAACCAGGGAUCCAGAAGAAGGUCAAAGCACUGGAAGAGCUCGUCAGCCGGAUCGAUGAGCAGGUACACAGUCACUUCAGGAGGUACGAGGUGGAGUACCUGCAGUUUGCCUUCCGGUGGAUGAACAACCUGCUGAUGCGGGAGCUGCCCCUGCGCUGCACCAUCCGCCUGUGGGACACCUACCAGUCUGAGCCCGAAGGCUUCUCGCACUUCCAUCUCUACGUGUGCGCCGCCUUCUUGAUCAAGUGGAGGAAGGAGAUUUUGGAUGAGGAAGACUUUCAGGGCCUCCUCAUGCUGCUGCAGAACCUGCCUACGAUCCACUGGGGCAACGAGGAGAUCGGGCUGCUGCUGGCUGAGGCCUACAGACUCAAGUACAUGUUUGCGGACGCCCCCAACCACUACCGCCGAUAGGUGCUGUCUCUCCUGGGGACCCAGACUGCCCCAUCUCUGAUGGCAAUUUCAUCACUGUGGCCACCGUGCAAGUCGUGGACCCCGGCCAGGAACCACUCCUGCUGUACAAAGCUCGCCCCCCCACCGCAGCCACCACCACCACCACCCAGGUCUUAACUUCCCAGCAUCCGUCACUUUGUCUCGGGAUGUCUAUCUGGGACCACUGUCAGUAUUCUGUGCCGUGUGGAUGGGCCGGGCUCUGGGAGAGGGCAGAGGGAAAGGGAGAGUUCUCUUUCCCUGGAAGACACUGGACAAAAGAAGGGGAGGCCCUGGGUCUGCCCCCCAUUGUCCAUACUCACCUGCCAGCUCUGCCCAGGAACCAGCUGAUGAUGUUUUCUUUUACUUUCUUUUUUUAAACAAGGAAAACACACAUUUUCUAAUAUGCCCAAGGCAUAGGGUGUUAGGCUCUGUGCUGUUGCUUCUGUGACUCAGAUUGAUCUGGUCACUGGUCAGAGACACUUUGUUUUCAGAACACUCCCUGCUCUGCCUUUUCCCCCUCACUUCUCCUCCUCCUCCUCCUGUCCCAGCUGAGCCAGUGACCCAGUGAGUGAGCCCUUCCUCCUCAGGCAGAGGAGAGCCACGUUCAUCACCCUGAGGAGAGGCCUGCACUCAAGGGCUGGGAAGUACGUUUGUCCUUUCCUCAAUGGUUAUCUGUUCCCGUGUGUGUGUGUGUGUGUGUGUGUGUGUGUGUGUGUGUGUGUGUGUGUGUGUGUGCGUGUUUGUGCGUGUGUUUGUGUGUAUGUGAGUGUGGGUAUGUAUAUGUGUGCAUGUGCG